CUCCCAACCGACUCUCUCCCGGAGCGAAGAGGCGGAUGAAGCAGAGAGCAACACAAAUGCGGAAUAAGGGAAUAAAACGUGUUUAUUAAGCGGAGAAAAGAGCAAGAGAGAAACUUUAUUCUAAGAUAACAAGUCGUGCGUUUUGAGUCGAGAUCGGACCGAAAGCGGAGAGAGACGACAGCAGGCAUCUGGUGGAUGGAGAGAAAAUGGAGCUGAACACAAGAGAGGUGCCUCUAUAUGGACAGGUGGAGGCCCACAUACAGUUGCAAGAUAGCACUCCUGAGGAUGCAGAGUUUUACGUUGUUGUACAAGGCUCUAGACUUACACAUGUGACUGCAGCAAAGAGAGGAGAUGAUGGACUUACUCUUCGCUUCACAGUUCCCGGCCAUGACCUUGUGGAAAUUGCCUCUGUCACAUCCUACUUUCAUACAGAGGACCAAGUCAAACCGUAUGCGGGUGAAGCGUCUCUUGAAUACCUCAGGGACGUUGCUCAGGAGGCAGCAGAGUACCUGAGUGCAAACAGGGACCAGCUUGGCCCCCAGAGCUACCUAGAAGUCCUGAAGAGGUUUUCCACAUUGGCGCAGGCAGCUGAUGAAGAGCUCUUAGCUGUGGAAAUAGACUGCAAAGAGGAGGAUGUGCAGCACAGAGAAAGUUUAGGUGAUGAAGCUGGAUGUCUCAGGCAGCUGGAUGAGAAGAUCACACAGGCCAUAGCCAACAUGGAUUACCCUCAGCAGUGGAAGAAUACUGACAGUCAGCCAAGAGAAGCUGCUGAGCUUCAACCCAAAGAAACCCUCCUUCACCUUGCAGUGCGCUUGGGUUUGGUCCAUCUCUCCCGUUUCUUAAUCCACCAGCCAAGGGGUCAAAGGGUGUUGACCUUACCAAAUCAGGAGGGAGACACACCUCUCCAGCUGGCUCAGAAGGACGGACAGCAUGCCAUGUUCAGAGUGCUGGCAGCUCCUCCAGGUCCUGUAGUCGGCCCUGUUCCAGGUGUGUGGUGUGUGUGGUCUGACAGCUCCUGCAUGCUGAGGUUUUGUCCAGGGACGGACUCCCUGACGCUCACUGUGCGGCAAACACCGGGAAGCUCCCCUCAGGAUGGCAUCACAACCUUAAGAAACAAAGUAGGAGACCACAGCAUCCUAAAAAUGAUCAGUGUGCUCAAAGCUGAUAAUGAGGAAGACAAGAGAGGCAAAGAGGAAAUCCUUCCUAGUGAUAAAGGUGUUUGCAAGGAGCAGCGAGUAGAAGAGCAUGUGCUGGUGGACAAUGUUUUUGAAGAACAGCUUGUUCUUUCUUUGGAUGAUGACGACGAUGAAGGAGAGUACCCAUCCUCAUUAUCUGUAAAUGGGCAUCCCAUUCAGUCCAGUGGAGAGGAGAGCAGGUUCACCCAGCGUGCUGCAGACCCUCUGCCCUCUGUGAUCAACAGCAGUGAUCAGACCAUCACACAGUGGACUCAGGAAGAAGAUACAGAUAUCAAGUGCAGCGUCAGUGGAGUGACCACGGACAGCACGGGGACAGACAGUGGGUUAUGGGACACAGUGGACUCAGAAGAUCUCCUGCUGGCCACUGACACUCCUCCACCCUAUUCAGAAGAUUCCUACCCUCCCUCUCUACCCUGCUCUCCCCCACUCUCCCCCCCUGACCAGGCCCUCGCUAGGCUGAACCGUCCCCUCUCCUCCGAGCCGACCAAUCAGAGCGAAAGUCCACCAAUGGACACCUGCGACCUCAGUCCCAGUCUAGUGGCUCUGGAAGUAGACAGUGAAGAGGACAGUAUCGAGCCAAAGUCUCCACUCUCUCCGCUCUCGUCAGAUGUUGAGAAAAGUGAAGACAAAAGGGAAAGCUUCCGUCCCUCCCCUGACCUCACAUGCACUCGCAGCCAGUCUGCCUCCUCAGCAUGUGAACCCACCAUAAAAGAACUGGGGGACCAGGGGAUUCGACUGCGUUCAUAUUCUUACUCCUCCCCCAAAAUCAGCUUGCGGCCUGCUCGUUUUGCCCGGGACAACCACACGUCAGACAUCAGUCCUGAUGCCGUGCUCCACAGUGUCAGCCACAGCCGAUCUCUCCUUCAGGCCCUCUCUCUGUCUAAAUCUCUGUCUCUUCUCCACCCUGGUAAGCAAAGAGCCUCCAGUAUAUCAGAGCAGUCACAUGAAAAAAGGGAGAUUAAGUUCCGUAAGAGAGCCCAGUCUGCUGAAGAUGAGAGCAGCAUGGAGCUGGCAGAGUCCCUCCAACACCUCACUCUGUCUGAGUUCCUCAAAGAAAUUGAAGAGGAGGAGUUGGAUAAGUACAACAUCCCUACAAAGGUGGAGUCAGAGAAGUACAAAGUCAUCCGCACCUUCAGUUUUCUCAAGAGCAGGAUGUCCAGUACACGCAACAAGACCAAGGGGAAGGGGAAGGACAGAGAGGCCAAGGAUAGGCAGCUGAAUGGACAUCGGUUUAACACAGGGUCCUGUUUGGGCCCCACCGUAUGUGUGGUGUGUGAGAAACCAGCAUCUGGAAAGGACCUGCUGCAUUGUGCCAGUUGCACUACUAUUGUCCAUAAGGGCUGUAAGGAAUCUGUCCCCCCAUGUUUGAAGAAACUUCAAGAUAAGUAUGCUGUUACCAUGGUGAAGAAUAGGACAGCAUCCCUCCCACAGAACUUCACAGUGAGAGACAGUCCUACUCAGUGUGUGAUCCCCAUCUCUAACUCUCUACCUCUUAUGAAAGACACUGCGAUCCCGCCGUGCCCCCUUUCUGGGACUUUCCCAAACAGUGAGAGUCGGCUCAGUGAGAGUCCAGAGGCAGAGUCUGAUGCCUGGAAGGUUACCAGUCGAUCAGAAGAGCUCCUGCUGACUCCAAUGUUGUCAACCUCCACUGAAUCAUCCUUCGUAGAAGACUGCGUGGAUGGGUGUAUCCACAGUGACAUCUCGGCUGAUGCUGUGGAUUACGAGGCUGAGUCGUGGAGUCUUUCUGUGGAGCACAAGUUCUGCAAGAAGCAGGACAAACGAGCUGUCAAGAGGCAGGAUGUAAUCUACGAGCUGAUGCAGACCGAGCUUCACCACCUACAGACGCUGCACAUCAUGGCCGAGGUUUUCCGGCGAGGCAUGAAGGAGGAAGUGCAGUUAGAUACAGACGCGGUGGAGCGGGUCUUCCCCUGUCUGGACCAGCUGCUGGUCUUUCACCACACCUUCUUUGCUGCCAUGAAGGAGCGGCGACUCAGCUCAGCUCAACCCAAGGGACACAGGAACUACCUCAUCCAGCGAAUAGGAGACAUCUUGCUCCAACAGUUUUCAGAUGAGAACAGCGAGAAAAUGAAGCAGGUGUAUGGAGACUUCUGCAGUCGGCACAACGAAGCAGUCAGCUUUUUCAAAGACCUCCAGCAGCAUAACAAGAGAUUCCAGAACUUUAUUAAGCAACAAGGUAAUAAUUCUUUGGUGAGACGGAGAGAGAUCCCAGAGUGCAUCUUGCUGGUUACGCAACGGAUAACAAAGUACCCAGUGCUGCUGGAGAGGAUCCUAAAAUACACUCAAGAGGAAACAGAGGAGCAUGCUGACCUUUCCAAAGCACUGGCUCAGAUUCGAGAGGUGAUAGCAGCCGUGGACCUGAGCGUCAGUGAGUACGAGCGGCAUCAGAGGUUACAGGAAGUGUGGAGCCGCAUGGAGAACCGCAGCUCAGCCAAGCUGAAGAACGGCCAUACCUUCCGCAAGCAGGACAUGAUGGGGCCAGGACAGACGCUCAAACACCAGGGCGUGCUUCUGUGGAAGACCGCCACUGGUCGGCUUAAAGAUGUCCUGGCACUCCUUCUCACAGACACACUCAUCUUCCUGCAAGAAAAAGACCAGAAGUAUACGUUUGCCACUGUGGAUCAGAAGCCUCCAGUCAUCGCACUGCAGAAGUUAAUAGUGCGAGAAGUAGCAAACGAAGAGAGAGGGAUGUUUUUGAUUAGCGCAUCAGCCGCCGGGCCAGAAAUGUACGAGGUCCACACAUCAUCUAAAGAGGAAAGAAACACCUGGAUGAGGCUUAUUAGAGAGGCUGUAGAGAGCUGUCCAGAGGAAGAGGAAGAAUACACCAGUGAAUCUGAAGAGGAAAAGCGAGCUGCUGAGGCUCGUAUCCAGAAGAUCCACAAGUUACAAGAGAGUCUGAUGAGCCAGGACCAGCGGAUUUGCUCCAGCCUGGAGGAGAAGCUGCAGGUCUACGCAGAGCUCUCUGCUCUGAGUGGGAGGACGGACGCCUCGUUGGUUGAACCCCGACUGCUCAUCCAGCCGCACUCUGAGGAGCUGCCCCAGGCUGCCAUGUUGCUGGCUGCAGCUUUGAAAGAGGUUGAACACCUGAAAACCACGCUGUCAUCCAAGGCCUGUUCUCCACCGAGUCACAGCCCAGACUCUGACACAGACUCUGUGUUUCCUGUCAGCCCUGCUACACUUGUAGAGUCCCCCUCUGACUCUGAGGCCUCACCUGAAAACCCAGAAGCCAGUGAGGGAAGUUGGACCGAGGUCCUCCCAACUCUCUUGCAAAAAACAGACGUGAAUGACAUCGACUUCAAGGUCGCUCAAAGUGUCCAAAGCCUGACUCAGUUACUCUACAGUCUGCAGGCCGCCGUGACCAUCCAGGACACCUGCUAUGAGGUCCAGAGUCUCCUCCUGCAGGAGACUGGGCGCCCUUCCCCUCGCACCCAACGUCCGCACCUUCCAAGUAUCCGGGGCAACACCCUUCAGGAACAGGAGAAGCAGCGUAACCUGGAGAAGCGGAAGGAGGAGGUUGCGGCGGCUCAGCGGCUCCAGGAGCAACUGCGCCAAGAGAGGGAGCGCUGGGAGAGAGAGUGCCAAGCCAGGGAGAGCCAGCAGGGGGAGCAGGAGAGUAGGCUGGAGGAGAGGGAGAGGCAGUGCCACCUGGAGAUGGAGAGGCUGAGGCACGAGAGGGAAGAGCUGGAUGAGCAGCUGGAGGAGUACCAGCAGAGCCUGGAGCGGCUCAGGGAGGGCCAGAGGAGUGUGGAGAGGGAGCGUGAGCGUCUGGAGAACCAGCAAAAGAUGCUCCAGACCUGGAGACACAGCCGGCAGAGGAGUCUGCCCACUGUGAUUCCUCACAUGGUCAUCCCUCUAGAUGGGCAGCAGGACUCGACAUCUAGUCAGUCCAGAGAGCACGCCGGCAAUGGCUCUAUGUUUGUAAACGAGGCUGCGUUCGCCAGCACCAGCGUCAACAACCGCCACGUCCACCACAAAAGAAAUGACCCCAGCGCGCACAAUUGUCUGAACACCCUGCUGGCAAGAUCCAACAGCAGACAGCCCCCCAUCGCUAAGACUCCUCACGGUCCACACUCAGACUCCCAGGGGUGGAUGAUGGGGACAGAGUACCUCUACAGCCCUGCAGGAAGGCUUGAGCUGCAGCAUACACCUAAUGAUCUCAACAGUCACAGCUAUAUCGGGGAGACCUGGUCGUCAACAGCAAGCGGAGCUGACCCGUAUCCAGCACUCCCUCAUCCUGGUGACCCUCAGUUGGACCUCAGUGCACUUGUUUCCUUGGAGACUGACAGCGGCGGGGAGGAGGGCAGUGAGGAAACCAUUGUGUAUCUCUGAAUAUUGAUACAUUUCAGACUGAACAGCCAACCCAGCACUUGGAAAAGGAUAAAGACAUUCAUGAAGCAUCAGGAUCGGCUCCAGGGUGGCUUCAGAAAAACAUUUCUCUCAUGCUUUUUUUUUUUUUUUUUCUUAUUUGAAAGAUUAUUUUUGUGGUCUUUUUCAAAGUUACUGGAUACACAGAGAGAGAAACAGAUAAAUAAGGUUGUUUCAAUCUCACAUGUGUCAUGCACCUUAGCUCGGGGCACCACUGGGUGUUCAAUGUCUCUUUAUUUUCAAUUUUUUUUGUGUGUGUCUUUAUUGACUGGGUCCCUGCAGCUACACUUUUUCCCCCCUUCUCUGCCUCUUACUGUCCCUCCCUCACUGCCUUGCUUUCUCAGGUCUUUCUCACAUCUUGUCCCUCGAGCACCAUAUUUAUUAAAUUUACUACAAAAGAGGAGAAAAAGCGUAUACCAAAUAUAAGCAAAACAUCAGGCUGCAUCUCUCUAGCGGGUGAUUGUCUUGCCAUGGAGCAAACUGCCCCUCUUUCAUUUAUCAGACAGGCUUUGUUUAUGUUCAAGUCGUGCAUAACGUGAGGCACAGAACAUUAGGAUUGAGAGAUGAGGUGCGACAACGUCAGUCCCACGUUUUCCAGACCCACGCUGCCUGUAUCAUUUAUUUUGUUUUAUCUGAAGCAUGUUUUUCUUGUUUAGAGAAAUAACCGCAGGUGUGGUUUUAAGAGAGAUGCUGCAGCUGUGCUAAUAUGUCAGUUUUAUCAGAGUGUAGACAUUCAGCUGCAAAAGCCAGAGAAAGCAAGUUUUGAACCAUUCCUGUAAAAGUGAAAGAUUUUUUUGUGGUGCAGGAGGAUGGACAGAAGGAAAACAUGUUGGGUCAAACCAUUUUAAGCACUGAUAUUAUUGUACAACAGUUCUCAUCACAAAUUUCUGACAACAUUUGUCACUUUUAGCCACACUAGUAGCAUGGCUCUAGGGACAGUAAUGCUGCUCGGUCAAUCCACCACUUUGGUCCAUAGCCAUGAAAUUUUGUGCAGACAUUCAUGGUCCCCAGAUGACAAAUGAUUUUAGUGAUUCCAUUAAUUUUCCUAUAGCGCCAGGAUAUGUUUGCAUUUGUGGGUUUUAAUGAAAUGUUUCACCACCUACUGGAUGGAUUGUCAUGACGUCUGGUCAGUCAUGUCUCCCUCAGGAUAAAUUAUAAUACUUUAGUGAUCUGAAAACUUCCAUUUAGCGCCAUCUUCAGGACAAACUUUUAACUUGUUCAAUAAGUUGGUUCAUUAUCAAAUACCAAAAAAAAAAGAUUACAUUCCCAUUAGGUCUGUAAGGUAUCAAGGUAGGAGCAAAGUACUACAGAAAUUUCUCCAGUCAAACGAUACCUGCAUCCGAUCAGCAAACAUUCUGUUACUGCCAUCUCCGUAGCCGCUCUCAUGCCCGGCAAACAUUCAGUUUAACAUCUGACCCCAUUAGCACAUGCUAACACAGCAGCAGUGGCUUACAACCAACAGGGAGCCGUUAAACUGUCCCAACAAACACACGCUGACAUUGAAACGGCUCAACACUGUUGUUAAAUCGGUUAAUGGCAUGAGGUAACAUUAGCCGUGUGAUGCUAACAGUUAGCCCUGUCACUGUAGAUGUUUAGCUGGUGACUGACAUGGCAGCUACAACCAACAAGCUUUAACAGUCUGUGGUGUGGGGAGUUGGCAGUUCAGCGUGCCCAGAUGCCAAAAAAAACAUUCAAAAGUAUGGCCGUACUACACAUUAUGGGAAUUAAAUGAAGUACUCUAUUGUUAUUGGUAUCACUUUGGGGGUACUGGUAUUGGCAAUGGUCACAAAAUGUUUUAAACAAUACCUAGUUCUAAUUCCCAUCAGCCUCAGCUCUACUUUGUGUUAAGUGCUAAUGAGCAAGUGUCAGCAUGCUAAAACCCUAAAGUAACAUGGUGAUCAUGGUAAAUCACACCUGCUACACAUUAGCAUGAUUGCAUUGCAAUUGCAUGUUAGCAUACUGACUUUAGCAUUUAGCUCAAAGCACCACUGUGCCUUAGUCUGCCUCACACCUGAACCCUUAGUGUGUUGUUAUUUUUUAUUUCAUUUAUGUCAUUACUUUAUAAAAAACCCAUCUUUACUUUAUACAGGCUGUAAAGAAUGGAAGAUGUUGACCUAAAGUUAUCACUGCAAGCACCCAGAACAAUAAGUUUCCUUAUUGAUACUGUCAUGCGGAAUGCUAAACUAUUACACUUGAAUAUUCAUGUAGUAUAUUUACAUAUUAUCUCUCAUGGGCAUUUUUAUGUGUAAAGAGCUCCCUGUGCCAAUGCUUUAGGUGUCUCUUGAUGUUUUUGUUUUACAGACGCUAUAAAAAUUGAAUUGCUUUGAUUACUGUUGUAGUUUCUCAAUGGGACAAUAAGGCAGAGGCAGUAUUUUGAUGUGAUUUUAGCACCAUGUAUAUAUGUUUGUGCUUUUAUUUAUUUAUUACAGUACAAAGGAGUUUUACAGCGCUUUGUGAAGGGUUGUGUUGUAUAUAGUAGUGUACCUGUGUGAACAGAUGUGUUCGUUCGUUCGUGUUGUGUGCUCAGACAUGGCCGUAUUGAUAAAACAACUUUUAUUCAACUUGAAACAGUGCUUUGUUGUUCUUUAGGCUAUGAAAUGGGGCUCGGCAAAGGUGUCAGUACAAUAACAGCAAACUGGUUGAAACACAAACUCAGUGCUCAGCUUGGGUACAAGCAUCAUUUCAGUUUUAUGGCCCUGGUUUGAAUGUGAGGCGUCUCCAACAGUGUCAGCAGAUGUGUUCAGUUGCCAGCAGUGGCAGGUGGCAGACCAGGUGCAUGAAUGUCAAUGAUUUCCUGUUUGACUGCACCUCUGAAUUACAAUCACAAAAACCACAUCAGUAUCAGAUGAACGCGAUAUUGUUUUGCUGCGGCAAACAACCUCGUCAAGAAACUUCCGGGUCAUUAAAUUCUUUGAACAGACUUUUAAAGGUAGAAAGAUCCCCACCAAUCACAGCCUGUCUCUGAAGUAAAGGCUAAAAAUAAAAACAGAGAUGCCUCAAUUUGAGCUUCCUGGCUUUCCCUGACAGCAGUAAUGUAUUUCAUAUGCUCCACCUGUGUCUCUUCCUCUUUCCCUUUUAGACAGAAGAGCAGAUGCCUGAGAUCAACAGGGUCCCUGCUGUACCCCCAGUAUGCGCCUUAUUAUUUCACAGAGGUGCUGCAUACAAACGCCCACUCCAUUCCUUGUCAGCCUCAAUCUUCAAUCCUUUUUCUGGCUUAUUAAAUGUGGCUUUAUGAAAUGUCAUUUGCAGGAAAAUCCAGUGUAAUUCAUGCUUUAAUUACCAUGUAUGAUUUUAAUAAUUAAACUCAAACUUAAUAGAG